AUGGAUAUCAUUGCAACCCCAUCAGCUCAAGGCAUGAGGAGGCUAUGGAGAAGAAGAGGAUACCAAAAGCUAGGAAGUGAUACUCGCACUACAAGAUCAAGGAGCUUCAGGCUUCGGCGACUAUGGCGUUUGAGACGACAAGCUUCAAAGGUGCAGUUGAAAAUAAUGUCACCUUUGAAACUUUUGGCGAAGUUUCACGACACGUAUGUCGAGAUGAUGAUGAAGGUAGCGAAUAGUGUGGGGAAUAUAUAUGCCAUUGGAGCUUUUGGCAAUGGGAAGAGGAUACCAAAACCUCGUAAUCAAGUUUCUCUUGCUACUUGUGAUGGUGAACAUGUUGAUGCCAAGUUCGUCUUGGAAAUCUAUAACAAACUUGCUGCUUCCAAGAACUUGGCUAAUGGUUUUUGA